AUGGAGAACAUGAUGCAGGGCAAUAAGAUCAGACGAGUUGCAGCUACUCGCAUGAAUGAGAGGUCAUCUCGAUCACACACGAUUUUCCGGAUUAUUCUGGAGUCGAAAGAUGCCAAUCAGAAAGAUGGACCUGUACAUAUAAGCUACCUUAACUUAAUGGACUUAGCUGGUUCUGAGAGAGUUUCUCUGACGAAAGCUGCUGGUGAGCGUCUUAAAGAGGGGGCUAACAUAAACAAAUCUUUGUCAGUAUUAGGAAAUGUGAUAAGGCAACUAAGCGAGGGGAAGGAGUUUAUCAGUUAUCGCGAUUCGAAAUUGACUAGACUGCUCUCACAGGCUCUUGGCGAUGUAUAUGGAUCUGUAGUAAAACCUUUAGUCGAUUCCUUCAUGGAAGGUUUCAAUGCCACAAUAUUUGCAUAUGGCCAAACAUCUUCUGGCAAAACACACACCAUUUUGGGCAAUAAAACAGAUCCUGGGCUUUUCCAAUUAGUAUCCAAUCAGUUAUUCCAGCAUGUGGCAGACCAGGUUGAUAAGAGGUACUUGAUUAGAUGCAGUUAUAUUGAAAUCUACAAUGAAAAGAUCAAUGACCUCCUGGAUAAGAGCAAUCAGGGUUUAACUAUAAGAGAAGAUAUCAAAGGAAAUGUGCUGCUUGAUGCAAGGGAAGCUGUCGUAGACAAUGUUGAUAAAGUUAUGGAGAACAUGAUGCAGGGCAAUAAGAUCAGACGAGUUGCAGCUACUCGCAUGAAUGAGAGGUCAUCUCGAUCACACACGAUUUUCCGGAUUAUUCUGGAGUCGAAAGAUGCCAAUCAGAAAGAUGGACCUGUACAUAUAAGCUACCUUAACUUAAUGGACUUAGCUGGUUCUGAGAGAGUUUCUCUGACGAAAGCUGCUGGUGAGCGUCUUAAAGAGGGGGCUAACAUAAACAAAUCUUUGUCAGUAUUAGGAAAUGUGAUAAGGCAACUAAGCGAGGGGAAGGAGUUUAUCAGUUAUCGCGAUUCGAAAUUGACUAGACUGCUCUCACAGGCUCUUGGCGGUAAUGCCAAAUCAUUGAUUAUCGGGAAUGUUACUUUAGCUGCAGAGGAGGAGACUAGAUCUACACCAGAAUUCGCCCAAAGCACUAAAACUGUCAAAAAUAAACGAAAGUAA